UAAUAGUGCCGUUAUAUGCAUGGUGACGUCAGCAGUGCAACGAACACGACUUAUUGCAUCUUAAACGAUUUGCAUUGGUUAUUUCCGCAGUGUCGCGCUGACCUUGUCCACUAUUAUUCAAUCAUCGAAGGGAUUUACGAGAGUCACAUCAUCAUGUUGGGCGGCAGUGUGCUCUGGUUCCGACACGGUCUGCGGCUGCACGACAACCCGGCGCUUCAUGACGCCCUCGAGGACCCGGAGACUCCGUUCUUCCCAAUCUUCGUGUUUGAUGGAGAGACUGCCGGUACAAAAGUGGUAGGGUACAACCGUAUGCGCUAUCUCUUGGAAGCACUAGAUGACCUAGAUCGUCAGUUCAGGCAGUAUGGAGGGAGGCUUCUGAUGAUCAAAGGGAAACCUGCGGACGUGAUUCGGAGAUUGUGGGAGGAAUUUGGCAUAAGCAAGCUAUGCUUCGAGCAAGACUGCGAGCCGAUAUGGCGUGCCCGGGACGAGAGCGUGCGCGCCGUGUGCCGCCAGAUCGGCGUGCGGUGCCGCGAGCGGGUGUCGCACACGCUGUGGGACCCGGACACCAUCGUGAGGGUCAACGGGGGGAUACCGCCGCUCACCUAUCAGAUGUUCUUGCAUACUGUAGCUAUAAUUGGUGAUCCGCCGCGACCCGUAGAUGAUGUGGACCUGCGCAAGGUCAACUUUGGAGUGUUGCCUGAUUCAUUUUACAAUGAAUUUGUUGUUUUUGACAAGACUCCAAAACCAGAAGACCUGGGUGUGUUCCUGGAGAAGGAGGACAUCCGUAUGAUCCGCUGGGUGGGAGGGGAGAGGGCGGCGCUGCAGCAGGCGGACCAGAGACUGGCGGUCGAACACGAGACCUUUUGCAAGGGUUCAUAUCUGCCAACCCACGGCAGUCCGGACUUGUUGGGACCUCCCAUAUCGCUGAGUCCAGCUUUGCGGUUUGGAUGCUUAUCGGUGAGGAGGUUUUACUGGGCGGUACAAGAUCUGUUUCAGAAAGUGCACCAGGGUCGUGUAUCGUCAACUCAUUUUAUUACGGGCCAGCUAAUCUGGCGCGAAUACUUCUACACGAUGAGCGUGAACAACCCCCGCUACGGGCAGAUGGAGGGCAACCCCAUCUGCCUCGACAUCCCCUGGAAGCAACCGCAGGGUGACCACCUCGAGAGGUGGAAAGAAGGUCGUACGGGAUUUCCAUUCGUGGACGCAGCCAUGCGGCAGCUGCUGGCUGAGGGCUGGCUGCACCACGCGUUGCGUAACACCGUCGCGUCAUUCCUCACGCGCGGCACUCUGUGGCUCUCUUGGGAGCACGGCUUGAAGCAUUUCUUGAAGUAUCUGCUGGACGCAGAUUGGUCGGUGUGCGCGGGCAACUGGAUGUGGGUGUCGUCGAGCGCGUUCGAGGCGCUGCUGGACUCGGGCGAGUGCGCGUGCCCCGUGCGGCUCGGCCUGCGCCUCGAGCCCAGCGGCCGCUACGUGCGCCGCUACGUGCCCGAGCUGACGCACAUGCCGGACGCCUACAUCUACGAGCCGUGGAAGGCCCCGCUGGAGGUGCAGCAGCGCGCGGGCUGCGUGAUCGGGCGCGACUACCCGCCGCCCAUCCUCGACCACCUCGGCGCCGCCGACAGGAACCGCGCCGCCAUGCAGGAGUUACGUCGCAUCUUGGACAAGGCUCAGCCGCAUUGCUGUCCGUCUUCGGAGGAUGAAAUCCGCCAGUUCAUGUGGCUGCACGAGGACCCGCAGCUCGAACAAAUCGCUAAUACUAAUUAAAUAAAACGUUUAUAAAAACUAACCGUUCAUCCCGCCAUUUCCAGGGUGGAAAACGGACUAAAAACUAAAAAAAUAAUAGUCUAUAUAUCACUCAGGAGGAAUGGAGAAAUGUAGCUUUUUAGUUGCUAAUUUUUAAUUUGAUGAGGUAGUUUUG